AUGAGUUCAUCGCCAAUAUUCAGUAUCCUAACAAAUACGACGACGCUUCCUUCCAAAAGACAUUCAAGGUACAGAACUCGACGAUUAUACCGGGAUGCUUUUGGAUACUACAAUACGAUUCGAAAGGAACUGAGUAAGCAAAACAAGGAUCCAAAGCUGGAUGGCGAACCGACACCCGAAGAAGAGAAGAAAUGCAUCAGCUAUGAAGAGCUUAUGUCUGUCCCUGGUAAAGUCGUGAAGGUGCUUAACGAAACAUACGGUAAAAUAUUUCUCUCUCGAUCCGAGUUCGAGCAGUUGGCCAAAGCUAAGAGAACUGAUUACUUGCAGCCAGUGUUUGAUUACAUUACGUUGUGGUUGAACGUGCGUUAUCCACUACGUUUGGUAUGGCCAAGUGUCAUGCUCAUUCCUGAGGAAGGUGUUAAGUAUCUUCAAGGGAACGUUUUACAUCUGCAUGAUUUCAAGAAUGUUCGGCUCAUGGGACCGCAAACGAUUCAGUUGGAUAGUACUACGAUGAGCUUGAUCAAGUCAUACCUUGAGUUCUUGACAAACACGGUUAAACAGCAACCUAGCAAACUCCCGUGGCGCAUGUUCAAUAGACAGCCAGGUGAUACAAUGGAAAUCCAAUGUCAAUGA